AUGCCGAGCAGGGAUCCAGGGAUGCUUGUGCUGGCGGUUCUGUUCGCCGUGUGUAGGAGCGGCUUCCCGCUCCGCUCCAGCUCGCCGAGCCCCGCCGGAGCAGCCGCGCACAGCCUGCGGGGGACCUGGCUGGUGAACAACGCGAACGGCUCGCUGGCUCUGGAAGCCGAGGUCCCGGGCUGUGUGCACACCGCCUUGUUCCGAGAGGGUCUCAUCCAGGAUCCUUACUAUAGAUUUAAUGAUCUGGCCUACAGAUGGAUCUCCUUGGAUAACUGGACAUAUAGCAGAACAUUCGAAGUUCCUUUUGAUAUCAGUAUGUGGCAAAAACUGAGUUUGAUUUUUGAGGGAGUAGAUACGGUAGCACAGAUAGUGGUCAAUAACAUAACUGUUGGAAAGACGGAUAAUAUGUUCCAGAGAUAUAACUUCGAUAUUACUGAUGUGAUCAAGGAGAUCAACACAAUCCAAGUUCAUUUUUUAUCUGCUAUUUGGUAUGCUGCACAACAAAGUAAAAUUCACCAAGCGUACAAGGUGCCUCCAGAAUGUCCCCCACCUGUGCAGAAAGGAGAAUGUCAUGUGAAUUUCAUCAGAAAGGAACAGUGUUCAUUUAGCUGGGACUGGGGCCCCUCUUUCCCCACUCAGGGAAUUUGGAAGGAUGUUAGAAUUGAAGCAUAUAAUCUUUAUCACCUUAUCUACUUCUCUGUGAUUCCUCUCUAUGAGCGAAACACUCAUCAAUGGCGUCUUCGGAUAGAGUCAGGGUUUGAUGUUGUCAGCAAAAAGCCAAUUGCCGGUUUUGUGGCUGUGAAUAUUCCUGAGCUGAGGACCCAGCAAGUGUUCACUGUGCAACUUCUUCCUGGAGAAAGCAACAUUGCACUGCUUGUAAAUAUCAGUAAGAAUGUGCCAGUGGAACUUUGGUGGCCAUUUGGCCAUGGAAACCAGACUGGAUACAGCAUGAAAGCAAUGUUCAUUAUGCAGGGAGAAUAUAAGAUCACAAAACUUUGGAAGGUUUAUUUUCGGACAGUAGAACUGGUAGAGGAACCCAUUCCUGGCUCGCCUGGUUUGAGUUUUUAUUUCAGAAUAAAUGGACUGCCCAUUUUUAUGAAAGGUUCCAACUGGAUUCCAGCUGAUUCAUUUCCUGACAACGUGAACCCUAAAAUGUUACGGCUCUUACUGCAGUCAGCGGUUGAUGCCAAUAUGAACACACUUCGAGUUUGGGGAGGAGGCAUAUAUGAGCAAGAUGAGUUCUAUAAGAUCUGUGAUGAACUAGGAAUCAUGAUUUGGCAAGACUUUAUGUUUGCGUGUGCCCUUUAUCCAUCCAACCAGUGCUUCUUAGACUCAGUAAGAGCAGAAAUUACUCAUCAGGUAAAGCGACUGAAAUAUUACCCAUCCAUUGUUUUAUGGAGUGGGAACAAUGAAAAUGAAGCUGCACUUUCCACCAACUGGUUCUCCAUUCCAAGUGCACAGUUGAAUAUUUAUUUCAAAGAUUAUGUGACGCUUUAUGUUGAUAAUAUCAGAGAAAUUGUUGUUGCUGAAGAUCCGAGCCGUCCUUUCAUUGCCUCAAGCCCUACUAACGGAUUGGAGUCAGUCAAGGAAGGUUGGCUGGCUCACAACCCUUCUGAUACCCAUUACGGAGAUAUCCAUUACUACAAUUACCAGAAAGACUGCUGGAACUGGUCCAUGUAUCCCAGGGCCCGGUUUGCCUCUGAAUAUGGCUUUCAGUCAUGGCCUUCCUUCAGCACCUUGGCACAGGUGUCUGUUGAGGAAGAUUGGUCUUAUAAAAGUAAUUUCUCCCUGCACCGACAGCAUCGUGCUGGAGGUAAUGACGAAAUGCUUCAUCAGGCAGGGCUUCACUUUAAAUUGCCUCAGGUAGUAAAUCCAGUUGAGAACUUCAAACAGACAAUCUAUCUCACUCAGAUCAUGCAGGCUCAAUGUGUAAAAACUGAAACCGAAUUCUAUCGUCGCAGCCAAAGUGAGAUUGUCAAUGGGGAGGGGCGAACCAUGGGUGCACUUUUUUGGCAACUCAAUGAUAUCUGGCAAGCCCCUUCCUGGGCUUCUCUAGAAUACGGUGGCAAAUGGAAGAUGCUUCAUUACUUUGCCAAGCAUUUCUUUGCUUCUUUGCUGCCUGUGGGACAUGAGAAGGAAGAUGUUUUCUACAUAUAUGGAGUUUCUGAUUUUCAUUCUGACUACAGCCUGGCCCUCAAAAUAAUUUUGUUUGAUUGGAGCAGGAUGGAGCCAGUGUGUACUUUGGCAAAAGAUGAUGUGAUUGUUAAGGCAGGAAGUGCAGUUCCCAUUUAUAAGGAGCCCAUAAAUGAUCUUUUGAAAAGAUGUGGAAAUUGUACCAGGCAAAGCUGCAUCAUCACCUUUUACCUUGAGACUGAAGGUAAACUCUCCAGUCCAAUUAAUUACCACUUCCUGUCCUCCCUGAAGAAUGCAAAAGGAUUAAAGAAUCCACACAUUCAUGCUUCUAUUUCUCAAGAAGGAGAUGAUUUUCAACUUGUCCUGGAAGCCACAGCCAUUGCUCCUUUUGUUUGGUUGGAUGUUGGGAACAUCCCAGGAAGGUUCAGUGACAAUGGUUUUCUUCUCACAGAGAAGCAAAAACUCAUAUUCUUUUACCCUUGGGAGACAACUAGCAUCAAGGAGCUGGAGAAGUCACUCAGCAUAACAUCGCUGACAGACAUUUCCUGAGGAAAACUCUGCAAGAAUGGAAAGGAAGGCUAUUGGAAACAGGAAACGUAACUCUGGAGAUGCAUAAAAUGGAACUAUUGGACAUUAUUCUCAUGCCAGCUUUGGCAUUGCCUAGUGAAGUGGAGUGAUGCCAAGUGAGAUGGCUUAUAUAGUGAGAUCGGUGUAUAAAUUUAAUAAAGUAAACAAAUAAAUAAAUGCAAUUCUGACUCUUAGAUUGAGACUAUUUGAAGUAAGUCAGACAAGCAUACAUCCUGAGGGGGGCAAGGGCCAGUAAAAUAUGUAAUGCUCUGAAUCCUUCUGGUGCCAUUUUUCUGUAUUCCAGAACCAGAGUUUGCAUGCCCAAUGGAAGGAUAUAUUGCAAAAGACUGGAGAUCUUUAUGGACAUCUAGACAUUGCUCCCAUUACAGGAGUUACCAGACAGAGCUUCCUUCCUGCUUCUUGUGUUGGGGCAUCAUAGCUACUAUUUUUAAAGUGCUGCAUGGGCAUCCUUCACAUGUAAUUAGAACACUGCUCUGUGUCACAGGUAAAAUUUACAGUGUAGAAGGAUAAUACUGCUGGUGAACACACGGGAAGUUUGACCAGACUGGUGGCUUAUAGAUUGGACCUUCUGUGUCCACUGUUAAAGAGGGCAUGUAAAAGAUAACAGUAUGAACACCUCUGGCAUAGUGUUUUCCUUUUUCAUUAGGAGCAGCAACCAGAAACUAUUAUUUGUAAGGAAGGCUUUUAAGCCAAGGGCUGUGGCCUUCAGCUGAACUUAAAUUCUGGCACUUGAAGUAAUCAGUAACUGAAUAAAAAAUGGAGGGUUCAGCAUCUUGUUGACCCAUUUAAAUCUAGUUUUUCCACCCUCCAAGAUGUCUGAGUUUGUGAAAAUGUUUGAAUUUCUUUCCCUGGUUUUUUUGUCACUCAAAAACAAUGUUUCUCAACCU